CACAAUAUGAGCAAGCCGUCCCACGACUCGAGCCGUUCCGAAGCUGCCCCAUCAAAUACUGUUUCACCUGCCUCUUGCCUCUUGCCUCUUGCCUCUUGCAGCGCUGCCCGCCUCGAUGACAUUUCGCCGUCAUGUCAUGCCGUGCCAUCUAUCGCGGCCAAAUCACCUAAUCGGCCCCUUCAUGAAACGCGUCUCACAAGUGGGGGACCCGAGGCGAUGGAAGCUAAAGAACGGCGCAUUUCGCGAGCGGCGUAACCGGCGGCGCAUUGCGGUCCCCCACUUGGCUUGAUAGCGGUAUCCAAUAUGUCGGGCCGAGGGUCCACGGCCCGCGUCUGUGGACUGUCGUCCGCACCCAAACUGCGUACGAGCACUGCAAUCGACUCAAAACAUGCAUGCCCGCCCCCGCAUCAUACAUCCGGCUCUCGGGUGCUCGGGAUGUUGUGUCUCCGACCGAUGCCGAGCCACCGUAUAUCCGCGGCCCAUACCCGACCUCCCCACAGGCCCCCGGCCUCAGGCCCCAGGCAUUUGCCCCACCUGGCCCCACAUCAGCUGAUCGUGGUGGUACGCUGAUACAACACACCCGACCCGAGCCGAGGUGGCGGGUGGGCGGUGGGCGUGCUGACACCUGUGCUCCGUCGGUUCAUGAAUGCAUGCAGGAAGAACAAGACAAGAAUGGACGCCACCGGAAAUGGAGGAGGCCAGGAGGCCAGGAGAAGGAGGAUGGAAGAAACUGCAGGGGCGGCGAUCAAUGCAGGCAGCGGGACUAGCGGGCCGCGCCAUGAUCGCUGGAGCUUGGCUGUAUUGAAUAGAUCGAAUAGAGUGAAUACAACGAGUCCGGC